AUGAACACCCACCAACCUACUUGGGACUACUGCCAGCAGCUGCUUCGUACCCUGUUCACUACUAAAGAACAGGACCGCAUUUUGGCAGCAGCCCGGAAAAAUGUGAUAGGAUUAGAUGGCUUGGUGACAACCAGACCUGAUGUUAUUGAUGACUCUUUCCCCUUGCGGAGACCGGAUUGGGACCCCAACACAUAUGAAGGUAGGGGGAAUCUGUCCACCUAUCGCCAGACUCUCAUGAGAAGUCUCCGGGAAGCGGCUAGAAAGCCCACAAACCUGGCCAAGGUCCUAAAGAAACCUUUGGGACCCCUCUCUAGUAAGCAAUCCUUAGUACAAGGAGCAAAUGGAAGUAGCUAUCGUUCCUGGACUACUUCCCGGACUAUGGACUUGGGGAAAGGAGAAAUCAAGCAUUCUUUCCUGGUCAUACCAAACUGCCCCUCACCUCUAAUGGGACGAGACUUGCUAACCAAACUCAGAGCCCAGAUAACUUUUGAAGAAACUGGUCCAGAAAUUGCUUUUCUUAACCCCAGUGUCCAACCACUUACCACCUCCGUCCUGACCAUCAGGGCUGAGGAUGAAUAUAGACUAUUUACAAAUGACCCCUUGCCAGUUGAAAGCCAAGACACCGAUUUUUGGUUGAGACUAGUUCCAGAAGCUUGGGCUGAAACUGCUGGACUGGGGUUGUCUACCUUACAGGCUCCAGUAGUGGUAGAGUUGAAAACUACUGCUGUCCCUGUGAGAGUUAGGCAGUACCCCAUGAGUCAGGAAGCGAAGAAAGGCAUAACUCCUCAUAUCCGGAAACUUCUCCAACAAGGGGUCUUAGUAAAAUGUCAGUCAGCCUGGAAUACUCCAUUACUCCCAGUUAAGAAGCCUGGAACUGGGGACUAUCGGCCAGUACAGGACCUAAGGGCAGUUAACAGUCAGGUGGAAGUCAUCCAUCCCACUGUGCCCAACCCAUACAAUCUUCUCAGCACCUUAAGUCCUGAGAGAGUAUGGUAUACUGUAUUGGACUUAAAGGAUGCUUUCUUCUGCCUGUCCCUACAUCCAGCCAGUCAACCCUUAUUUGCUUUUGAGUGGAGUGAUCCUGAGGCAGGAAUUUCAGGCCAACUAACCUGGACCAGAUUGCCUCAGGGAUUUAAGAACUCCCCUACCAUCUUUGAUGAGGCCUUGCACCAAGACUUAAGUCUCUUCCGCAGCCAGCACCCCCAGGUAACCCUGCUACAGUAUGUGGACAAUAUUUUGAUUGCAGGAAAAACUGAAGAAGAUUAUAACAAGGACAGAGUUAUACCAUUUACUGCUCCAGGGCCUUAUUGGUCUAAGGAAAGACUACAGUCCUUUGCCACCCUGAAGAAAUUACAGAAGAUGGAUCUUCAGCAACACUUCCUUUUAAUGACUUCUAAGGGACCCCAAGAAUUCCCUUAUUGUUUAGACCAAGCAGGCAGUGGCAAAUUAGCAUGUCUUUGGAAAUUGGGUGGAGGAGUCCUGUGGGCAGUUGAGUGCCAUAAUGGGGCUGUCAUCUCUGUGACUCUUGAAUUCAGAUUUUCAGGAAGUAAUAGAGGUGAUGAUGGUUCAGCCACCACCCUGGGAUACUAUGAAUCCCCAAUUCUUUCUCUACAGGCUACAGUAGCAGUCUAUGAUGAUCUUCCUGUAUUGAGCCUGUUGGCACUGUUGCUGCUGCUUCUCCAGGCAGAACCCAGUCAUCAUUACUCUAUGAGGGUGAAAUACCUGGCAGGCCCCCUGGCCUACCAGAUCCAAAAAAGAUGUUGUCUCAUUGACCAUGUGUGUUCUGUCAAAGAAGAGCACCAGGGGAUUCAGAUGGUAGUACAGGAGGAGAUUGAGAGUGACCACAGUGAGGCUGACAUCAACUUAUCCUGGAAUUGUCAAGUCAGUAUCUAA